GUUUUUAAAGUGCCGCGAGUCUGUCAUUUUUAAUACAAGACAGAUUAACUAACAGAGUUACCCCUCUGGGGGUGGUUACCUGUCAACCCAACCCUUUUUCAACAGGGAACAAAUAGAUAUGCUCCACUGUGCCUGCGUAUGCCUCCCACUUUGUUGAGCAAAGGCGGAGCUUUUCUGGCGCUUGCGCACUAGGAUUCUCUAGACUCAAGUUCGCCCUGUCGAAUGAACCGGAAGAUACUCAUUGCGCAAGCGCAUCGAAGAUAGAGGGAUAUGUAGGUUGGACGAAAGUAAACUGCUGCACAGUUUAGUUGGGGGAGCACUGCUUGCCUGUAAUCACGGCUUUCAACAGUAAAAGGAUGAACUAGAGAAUGUGCAGCAAUGACUAACCUUUUCUUUUAUCCUGGCCAUAUGGGCUGAAUGGGCUGAAUAUAUCUUCAACAAAAACAAUGAACUUAAUAUCAGGUUGCCAUGGCAACAGGGAAAAAUGUGAUGAGAGCUGUCAGAGUAUUUGAAUUUGGUGGACCUGAAGUGCUUAAGCUGCAGUCGGAUGUCUUGUUGCCAAUUCCAAAAGAGAACCAGGUUCUUAUUAAAGUUCAUGCAUGUGGUAUUAAUCCUGUGGAGACCUAUAUUCGUUCUGGGACUCAUGCUAAAAAACCAGCUUUACCCUACACACCGGGGACAGAUGUGGCUGGGGUGGUCGAGGGAGUUGGGGAACAUGUAACUGCUUUUAAGAAAGGAGACAGAGUUUUUACCCUUGGUACAAUUUCUGGCGGUUAUGCAGAAUAUACCGUUGCUUCAGUUGACACAGUCUUUUCAUUGUCUGAUAAACUGGACUUCAAGCAAGGUGCAGCAAUUGGGAUUCCAUAUUUUACUGCAUAUCAUGCUCUCUUUCAAAAAGGAUCUGCCAAAGCAGGAGAAACCUUGCUAGUUCAUGGAGCAAGUGGAGGAGUUGGAAUAGCAACAUGCCAGAUUGCGAGGGCAUAUGGCCUAAAGAUCUUGGGCACAGCUGGGACUGAGGAAGGAAUGAGUCUUGUUUUACAGAAUGGAGCCCACAAAGUAUUUAAUCACAGAAAGAAGGAUUACGUGGCUCAGAUUAAGGAAACUGCUGGUACGCAAGGCAUAGAUGUGAUUGUAGAGAUGCUAGCAAAUGUCAACCUUGCCAAUGAUUUGCAGCUGCUGUCAAAGGGAGGAAGGGUUAUGAUUGUAGGUAGUAGAGGUCCCAUUGAGAUCAACCCUAGGGAUACUAUGCUGAAAGAAUCAAGCAUCAGAGGACUUAGUUUAUUCUCAGCAUCUAAGGAAGAGCUGAGUGAAUGUGCGGCAUCACUGAUUGCAGGGAUAGAAGCUGGCUGGGUGAAACCAGUAGUUGGCCCUGAAUAUCCAAUGGAGAAGGUGGCAGAUGCUCACAAAAAUAUAAUCCACAGCCAAGGUGCUUUGGGGAAAAUGGUGCUUCUUACUUGUUAAAUCAUAUUAAGUGCUUCUGAAUGUAUCCUACAAAUAUUCAUCAUAGCCAAUAUGCAAUACACUUUAAAUACUUUGAGGAGUUUCACAUGAUCACCUGAAAGCAAGGUAGAGGGAGCUGGAGCUUCCUGGGGAGCACACGCUACUGGCACGAGCGGUCACUUCCAGGUCAUCUGAACCCAGAAAUGUUGGGUUGCCAAUGUUGGGUUCCCUCCGCUUGACAUCUAUAACUAGCAUUUGAAGUUGGCCACAGAAUGUCGGGUGGCAGAGGGAACCCAAUAUUGGCAGCCAAACAUUUCUGGGUUUGGACAAUACAGAAAUGGCCAGAAAUAGCUGCCCACGCCAAUAGCAAGUGCUUUCCGGGAAGCUCUGGUUCCCUCCACCUUGCUUUCAGGCAGUGAUGUGAAGCCACCCUUUAUAAAUGUAAUUCAGAGGCAAGAUAUAAUAGUUGCAAUAGGCACUCAUUUGGACAGAUACACAGUACCUGUUUUAUAUCAAAUGUGUAAAUAUUAAAGGCUUAUUUCUGGCCUGUCCUAGACACUAGUUCUAUUCACUAGUCCCCUGUGUUCACUGAAAUGUGGGGAGGAACCAAAGCAGAAACACACCGUCUGGCCACCCCUUUGGGCACCUGGCUGUAAAGGGCAGUGCUGGAUGUGGGGAUGAGUCUUCCUUGUGAUAGAGGAUCCUAGCUGUUCUGAAUCAUGGGGAGGGUCACUCUUCACAUGCCGUGCUACACUCUACAAGCAGGUGUUGAAGUCAGAGAUGUGCAGGGGUAUUACCAGCCAACAAAUUGGCUCAGGGUGUGCGGUUAGCUGGUGUGUUUCGGUUUCCGCAUCCCUGCCUUCACUCAACGUGGGGAGAGUAUCAAGUGAGUAGUGCUUAUGCUGUUCUUUUUCUGCAUCCAGAUGCAGAUGUAUCAUGUUCUACUACUUUCUCUUGAAAAUGCUAAAUGUCCAUUUGGGUCUAUCUCGGAUUAUAAAGUAUAAAUGCUUACUGCAGUGUUUUAUAUCUGCUUUUCAGAGAAUUGUGCUCUGAAAUCCCUAUUGUUUCAGAAUUUUAAAAAAACCAUCACCAAGCAAACUAGCCCCAUGAAUUUCUGUACUGUUUAUUUCUAAACUGUGAAACUGAUCAGUAAGGCAUACCAUCAUUUAGGGAUACAUAUCUGCAGCAGGAAUGCAUAUUCACUUGAUAGAACUCCAACUCACACACUUGCUGAAUUUUGCUCAGUGUUGGGAAGAUUACAUAUAAGCAGUAUAUCCUUGGAAAAGGAGGGAGAGGACACAAAUAUAGGAUGUAUGUAUGCACACCAAACUGCCAUCAGACCCUUCUCUCUAAAAACCUUUUUUAAAAGAUUGUAAGCUUUUUGAGGAGAGGAUUUUUUAAAAAAUGCUAUAAACCACUCUCAGAUAGUACAAUAUAUAAAUCAGUCAAAUAAAUGGGUUUUUCCUUAAUAUGCAGCGAUCGUAGUUAUGCCACUGAAUGCUGGGCAGCAGUGGGAGAAUUUGCGGUUGUCUGCACAGUGAGAACAACUAGGAAGUGAUCAUGUGCUGGGGCUCAAUUGUGGUGGUUCAGUGUGGCAACUGAAUAGGCCACCCUACUUCAAAUCUAAGAUCGACAAUCAUCAGUACUACUUGAUCUGUUUUGGAGCAGUUUUACCAGUGCAGUGAGGGGAUUUCCCAUGACACAUGUGGUUUUAUGUUUUUCUGCAUACAUGGAUUUAGCACCUACAGCAUGGAUAUCCUUCCAGUGGCUGUUGCUGGUGUCUGUCAUGUUUCUUUUUUAGAUUGUAAACCCUUGAGGACAGGGAACCAUUUUAUUUAUUUAUAUCCAUGUAAACUGCUCUGGAAGCUUUUGUUGAAAAUGGUAUAUAAAUAUUCAUCAUAUUCCUAUUUUUGCUGAGAAAAUUGCUGUGAAAAACAUAAAAACUUUAGUGAAUCGAGAAGCAUUUUUGGAAAGAUGUGCUUUUCAACAUUUUUUCUCUACUUGUAAGUAAGUUUUUCUUCUUUCAAAGACGUAAAUAAUGCAGUUAUACAUUUGAAUUGCCUACCCAAAACUAAAACAUUAGGAUCCUUUCCUGCUGCCACUUGAGUUCUUUUUUUUAAGCAGCAUGUGAUUAUUUCUACUUAUGCGCACCUUUCAUGUUCGAUGAAAUGCAAGUAUAUAUUAUUAGUCAUGUUUUUGCCAGAAUACAAAAUGUAAGGUUCGACUUGACCAUUAUUAUGAGUUCCAAAAUCAUAUAUAUUCGCCCAAAUAGGUAAUAAAGCAAACCAUGUUCAAUCUACAAGAUAGAAGUUGGUUUGCCCUUAUAAGGAUCAUGUAAAAUGUUGCUAGGGCAUCAGAAAGAAAAGUAAGUAGUGAAAUCUUGUCAUUCACUGACACCAUCUGAUAAUCUUAUGCUAAUAAACUACCAGUCAGCAAAAACAAUAACACUUUAGCACUGUCUUGAAUACAACUGAAAAAUACAAGGUGAAUAAAAAGGUGGAAGUGCCUGAUCUUUACUGGGAAUUCUACAACUAAUACUGUGGAAGCUAAAUGCUUUACAAAAAAUAAACCUUAAUUUUAAAUGGAUUUUCUCAAAGAAUAGGGCCUACUGCAUUACAGGUUUGUGUAACCUUGUUGAUUGAUUCAUUAGAAUGCCUGUUUAUCCUGGGAGUGCAUUUUGGCUUACUGCCUGUCUCAAACAGCUGAAGCUAAUUGGACAGAGUAGCUAAUUUGGAAGUUAGAACACAAGUUAAGAGUUUAGGCAGCCCUCUAGACCAGUACAAGUGUAAUUAAUAGCAGGUCUCUCUGUGACAGAUGGAGCAUCAUCUGUCAAGUGUUCUAUUUUAUAGAAAGCAGAAACAAUUACAGUGCCAUUGUUAGAAAGCAUAUACCAUCCUUGCUACAUUUAGGGCUCAAAGGGAGUGUAUGAAAUGUUUUUGGGAACUACUGUGGUUCAAGCCCUUGCCUGGCUAAUUAGCAAAAGGCUUGCAGACAGAAGAAAUUAUUGGUGUGUGUGUAAAUCAACUUCUCCUAAAAUUAAGCCUAGGAGUAUAUUUGUACUGUUCAUGCAUUGAUCUUAAUUUCCUAUUAAAUGUCAUCUGAACUGGU